AUGCCUCUCCGUGCCAAGGUCACCAACCCUGCCUUCAAGGCCCCGAUGUCGACCGCGUCUGAUAUCCCCACAGAACUCCCCGGUGACGAGCCCGACGAUGUCCUGUUCAACUCGGUCUACGGUCUGCGGAGCGUCGAGCUCAACCGGCCGAAGAAACUCAACUCCCUGAAUGGCUCGAUGGCGCGGAAGAUUGUGCCCCGUCUCAAGGAAUGGGAGAAAUCUCAGCUCGCGAACAUCGUCCUCAUCUCCGGCGCAGGAUCCAAGGCGCUCUGCGCUGGCGGCGACGUCGCUGCUCUGGCGCUGCAGAAUGAAAAGGGUAUUGAGGGACAGAAAGCGUCGACGGACUUCUUCGGCCUCGAAUACCGCCUCGACCACUUGAUCGCUACGUACUCGAAACCCGUCAUCUCAUUCAUGGAUGGAAUCACAAUGGGCGGUGGAGUUGGCCUGAGCAUGCACGCGCCAUUCCGGAUCGCGACUGAGCGGACCGUCUUUGCCAUGCCCGAGACCACCAUUGGCUUCUUCCCCGACGUGGGUGGCUCGUUCUUCUUGCCUCGACUGGACGGCGAGACCGGCACCUACCUCGCCCUGACCUCGGAGCGCCUGAACGGUGUGCAGGCCCUGUACGCCGGUAUUGCUACGCACUACCUCCACUCGAGCGCGCUGAGCAACAUGUCCCAGCGCCUCGCGGAGCUGGUGUUCCCGGACCACAUGGAUCUGCCCGAGCGGUUGGACAUCGUGAACAAGACGAUGGCCGAGUUUUCGCUCGGUCUGCCGUCUACCCAGCAAGAGCCUAUCCUUUUGGCCGCCAACCUGCGCACGGCGAUUGAUCGCUGCUUCCGGUUCGACACGGUGGAGGAGAUCUUCCAGGCACUGGAGAACGAAACCGAGCAGAAGGAAUGGGCCCAGAAGACGCUGGAGACCCUGUCAAUCCGCUCCCCGACCUCGCUGAAGGUGACCCUGCGCCAGCUGCGUCUGGGCAAGACGUGGAGCAUCACGGAGACCUUCCAGCGGGAGCACUCGAUCGCCGCCAACUUCAUGCGACACCCGGAUUUCGUGGAGGGUGUCAAGGCCCGCUUGAUGUCCAAACCCGCGCGCCAGGCCCAGUGGCAGCCCGCUACGCUGAAGGAGGUCUCCCAAGAGGCUGUGGACGCCUUUUUCUCCAUCCCCGAGGGCGAGACCCGGCUGCCCUUGCUCAGUGAGGGUGACUACAACCGCUACCCGCAUGAGCGCUUUGGUCUGCCCUCUGAGGCGGAGAUUGAGAAAUUUGUGCGGGCAGAUGGAGUGUCGCAGAAGAAGACGGUGCAGGAGUUUGUCCAACGGUACAACCAGAAAGAGGGCGUGCGCGAGAAGGUGACGGAGGUGUUGGCUCGGCGCACUGCUCAAGGACCGCAGGGGCUAUUGUGGCAAGAAUAA